CAAGAACGCAUCGAGCUACGAGGCUUCAAACAUGAAACGCAUUUCAUUGCCUCAAAAAGUGGCUACAUUUUGCAAACUAUUCGCAUUGUUAAUCCACACAUUUCCCCUUCUGGUCGAGCAAAGUUGAAGCCAAUUCUACUUCAACAUGGCUUUCAAGGGUCAUCCGCCGCUUGGGUUAGUGCAGCCACUGGACAGUUGAGGGCAGAUGGUACCUAUUGGGAGGACGUGGUACACCGGCGAGAUCCAAACGCAGUUGGCAAUACAAUUGGUUUUGUUUUGGCCACUUCAGGCUAUGAUGUGUGGAUUGGAAACACUCGGGGCAACAUUUACUCGGCUAACCACAGCACACUGUCAAUUGAUUCGAAAGAGUUUUGGGACUUUUCUUUAGACGAAAUCAUUCGAGAAGAUUUGCCAGCAGUCAUCGAUUACAUUUGUGAGCACACAAAGUCAAAGAAAAUUGCCUACAUUGGCCAUUCUCAGGGUACGACGAUGAUGUUUGGUCUGAUGGCCACAGAAAAAGGGGUUCGCUAUAACCACAUAGUUGAGCCGUUCAUUGCAAUGGCACCAGUUUGCUACUUUACCAACUUCAAGGCAUCCGAAAUUAAAAGCUUAAAGCCAUUUAAGGAGAAACUGUUCUGGUUGUUCCCAAAAAGCUUUGGUUUUGGCACCUUUCGUAAGCUGCCUCUGGCCAAUCUCUGCACCAAUGACUGGCUUCGUGGCAACAUUUGCUACCGCAUGGCAAUGAAAACUGCCUCUGUCUCUCAAAUUGACCUGGAUCGAGUCCCCGUUUUUAUUGACAACGUUUUCAUGGGCUCAUCAACGCGAAAUCUGGUUCAUCUGCUGCAGCAGAACCACGGUUUGACCUACUACGAUUUUGGCACUGCUCAACAGAACAUGGAACACUACGGUACGGCAGUGCCACCAGCGUACAACUUUAGCCAAAUCACCAGUCAAAGUUUGGUAGAGAUUCAUGUCAAGCAUGACUUGCUACUUGAUUUAGAAAAUAUUCAGCUGCUCAAAAAUGAUCUAAAAGUGCCUUUUGCAUAUGAGUACCAGGUGCCUGAUGAAACAUGGGCUCACACCGAUAUGAUUCUAGGCAAAGAUGUUGGAAAGUAUGUGAAUAGUAAAGUUUUAGAAAUUCUUAAAAAGUACUAA